AUGGCUCUCGUACUACUUAGUUUUGGUGUUCCCAGAAAAGCAAUACUUUACCCUCAUGAAGCACCAUCUUGGACUCUUGCUAAAGAUAUAGUUUUUCAUCCAUACUGGAUGAUUUUUGGUGAAGUUUAUGCAUAUGAAAUUGAUGAACUUUUCCUAACAGAAGAAGAUCAAAAGAAGCUUCAUGAUUUUGAAGAGCUUUGUGUUGAGAUGUAUUUUAAUGAAAAAGAUGACAAAUUCCAUUCUGGGAGUGAAGAGAGAAUCCGUGUCACUUUUGAAAGAGUGGAGCAGAUGUGCAUUCAGAUUAAAGAAGUUGGAGAUCGCGUCAACUACAUAAAAAGAUCAUUACAGUCAUUAGAUUCUCAAAUUGGCCAUUUGCAAGAUCUUUCAGCCCUCACUGUAGAUACAUUAAAAACACUCACUGCCCAGAAAGCUUCAGAAGCUAGCAAAGUUCACAAUGAAAUCACACGAGAAUUGAGUAUAUCCAAACAUUUGGCUCAAAACCUUAUUGAUGAUGGUCCUGUAAGACCUUCUGUAUGGAAAAAGCAUGGUGUUGUAAAUACACUUAGCUCCUCUCUUCCUCAAGGGGAACUUGAAAGUAAUAAUCCUUUUCUUUGUAAUAUUUUUAUGAAAGAUGACAAAGGUCCUCAAAGUAACAUAUUUGGUCAAGAUUUAUCUAUAAUACCCCAGGGAAAAGAAUUUAAUUUUCCAGAGGCUGGUUCCUCUUCCGGUGCCUUAUUCCCAAGUGCUGUUUCACCCCCAGAACUGCGACAGAGACUACAUGGGUUAGAACUCUGUGAGCCUGUCACAGUGUAUCGUUUGGAAGAGAGUUCACCCAACAUACUGAAUAACAGCAUGUCUUCUUGGUCACAGCUAGGACUUUGUGCCAAAAUAGAGUUUUUAAGUAAAGAAGAGAUGGGCGGAGGUUUGCGAAGAGCUGUCAAAGUGCAGUGUACCUGGUCAGAGCAUGAUAUCCUCAAGUCAGGGCAUCUUUACAUUAUCAAAUCUUUUCUUCCUGAGGUGGUUAACACAUGGUCAAGUAUUUAUAAAGAAGAUACAGUUCUGCAUCUCUGUCUCAGAGAAAUUCAACAACAGAGAGCGGCACAAAAGCUCACAUUUGCCUUCAAUCAAAUGAAACCCAAAUCCAUCCCAUAUUCUCCAAGGUUCCUUGAAGUUUUCCUGCUGUAUUGCCAUUCAGCAGGACAGUGGUUUGCUGUAGAAGAAUGUAUGACUGGAGAAUUUAGAAAAUACAACAAUAAUAACGGUGAUGAGAUUAUUCCAACUAAUACACUGGAAGAGAUCAUGCUAGCCUUUAGCCACUGGACUUACGAAUAUACAAGAGGGGAGUUACUGGUACUUGAUUUACAAGAUGGAAAGGAUUAUGAUGUACGGAAAAUUCCAAGUUGGAAUGGUGCUGAUACACGUGAAAAUCAAUUUGCAGCUACUAGAAGUGGGGAGGAGCAUAUAAAUUCUUUAAAACAAAAAGCCAGUGUUAACAGGAUUGGAGAAAUGAAGUUAAAAGGAUUCGAUGUUGCUCCUGAAUAG